AAAUAGUGCAGGCGGGAUCCGGGGCGAAAGUCAAAACGGAGCAGAGUGCGGCGGAGAGCGGAGCCUGCUGACCGGAGACCGAUACAUAUUUGAAGUAUAGAUGAAGGCCUUUAAAGCAGCAGACUUUAUAAAGUUGACCUCCUCACUGGAGGAGGUAGUGAAACUGCAUGCAGAACUUGAGUCAUGUAUGACAGAUGUCCCCUGCGAGCCGUCCCGUCCAGACCAGCUAUCAGAUCAGCGCGUUGUCUGUGACCGUCUUCUGCGUGCCUGUAACCACUGGGCCGCAGAGUCCACCUGCAAUGGACAGCAUCUACAAAGCCUGGUGCCUCUGGUAGAACUGGCGAGUCGGGGCUUUUGCGUGUCCAGCCCCCAGCGAACGCCUUUCUAUUUGGAGAAGAUAUUAUUUCACCUCCUGAAGAAUGUCUCCGCACACGAAUCUGCGUUUCAGGCCUACACGCAGCUCUCGGAUCUCCUAUAUCUCUACCUCAGUGACUGCCCUUCACAGCACCAAAAUGGCGGUGACUUUGCAGCUGUUGCUAAAAGCAGCUUUCAGUGUCUGUGGAAGGCGGCAGGAGAACGUGAGCAGAAAUCCGGUGUCAGCCCGUAUAACCGGGAAGUCCUGUGUCUGCGCCUACACUCGCUGCGGUUCCUCAUGUUGGUGGAGCUGUCGUCUUCUCAUGCCGACUCUCCCGUUACCAUUUCUCGCCAUGCCAAAUAUGCCACUUUGGCCUUUGAAGCCAAAGGGAAAUCUUGCAGCCAAAGUGAUGCCUGUUUUCUUAGUGAAAGCCUGGAAAAUCUGUUGAUUAAACCUUUACAGACUCAGAAGAAAUUAACCCACCCGUGGGCCUUGUCGCUGGUGGACAUAACAUUGGAGAGGAUUCGGGUGCUCUGUAAAAGCGGCUGCCUCCACCAGGCCAGUGAGGUCAUCCAGCAAGCCAUUCCGUGUCUGAAGGAGUCCGAUGGCUGCUGCCAAUCUGCACUGGGGCUUUUAAACUUUGCCAUAGAAAUCCAUGAGUGGAGAAAGUCCUUUGAGAUUGGGAAGCGUCUGACGCAGAUGGCAGAGACUGUUGAUAGGGUCUCCUCCCUUGGGGAUGGUUGGCAGUGCCAUGCCCUCAGUGAGUGCUGUCAGUUUACAGUUUCAUGUCUGGAUGGUCGCCUCAAGCAUGCUUCCGACUCGGCGAAGCAGGGAGCACACGCUGUUCUUAGUCUGGCCAGAUUUCUUGAGGCACACUUUAAGCUAUUGGAGAAACAAGUUUCUGUGGUUCCUAGUGAUGGGUCUCGCCUACUCCGAUCCUUAAAACAGCAGCAGUUCUGCGGCCUUCAGCAGUUUACAAACGUGGCCUGCUCCUUUCUCCAAAACUGCAAGGACGUGAAAACCGAUGAGUUGCAGCUACUGAUGGGAGCCUGCAAAGACGGCGUGUCCAGGAUGCUGAUCGCCAUACGGGGCCUUUCUGCUCAAGACACCACAGAAUUCUUAAAUAUAACAGCUUCCUGUGUACAUAAUAUGACUUAUUGGUUCUAUAGCCAGAAAAAAUAUCAAGAAGCCUUGGAUCUGGUGUCUCCGUUUUGCGAGAGACUCGCAGGAGCAGGGCCGGGAGGUGAACCGGAGCUGGCUCUGGAAAGGGUGCACCGUUGCUUUAAGCUGCUUGUGGAGAGUUGCAAGAAGGCUGGGAACUCUGCUCUUGGUCUGGCAGCUGUUACUCUUUGGUUACGCGCUUUGCGCUCCCAAGUGUCUCAGCAGAUGGCGGAACCGGUUGCCCAAUGGGUCAGGCUUAAAAUUGAUGGUGCAAGGAAUGGAGAUGAAGAUCUGCGUCUGCAUACAUUGAAGGAUGGACUUGCUGAUUAUCCUAUGGAUCCUGAACUGAUGCUUUGCCUCCUAUCGGAAGAGCUGAAGGGAUAUAAAUCUGUCCAUGGGGACACUGGACAGGAGCGUUAUAAUACAAUCUGUGACCUCCUUGAACUCUGCGCUGAAGACAGCAGCCUCUCUCCUCACCGUCCAGCCUUCCUUCUCGAGCUUGCUCAGGUUCUCUGCUACCAUGACUAUUCGGGACAGACUGAAUGUACUGCUUUAGAUGCGGUGCAGGAUUGUCUCAGGCUUCUUGAUUCCGCUUCACAAAGUUCAGAAAACCAGACAUGUUUGUUGGAUAUAAAAGCCCAAGCACUGCUGUGGCAGUAUAUCUGCACUCUCGAAGCCAACAUGCGUGAGGGUUUGGAGGAGCAACAAAGGAAAGAAAAGCUGGAUGCCCAGUUACAAUGGACUGGUAUAGACUAUGAGCCUAAUGACCUCAACUAUGAAGACAAACUUCAUGAUGACCAGUCUGCCAGAGAUGGCAUCUGUUUUACAUUGGCUGGGGAGGCAGGACCCAUGAAAGGUCUGGAUCAAGCUCUGGACCUGUGGAAAGAUCUCCUUUCAGGAUCCAAAGUUCCAUCCCUUAAUAGCAGUGAACAGACCGUGUUCUCGCUGCAUCUAUUGGGCUCUCUAUUUCGACUCAUGGGAAAGCCUAUGCAGGCCAUAAAGAGCUUUCUGCUAGUGAGGCAUCUAUGCUGUUCCCUUGGUGAUGACAUCCGGGCGGCCGGAGCCCUGUGUCAUGUCACUAAAAUUCUGUUUUAUCUGAAAAGUCCUGGUUAUGCAAAGGUUACCCUGCAGGAGGCAGAAGCGGCUUUGCUGCGAGCUGAUGCUUCCUCUGAAGCCUACGUGUUGACUGACUGUUGCUGUCAGCUGCUUCAUGCUCAUCUUUGCCGAGUGACAAACCAGGUGGAGAAAGCAGUACAGCUCCUUGUGAAUCUUCUCCAACACCCAUCUCUGCAAAAGUCUUCCAAAGCUUGGUACCUGCUAAAGGUUCAAAUUUUGCGAGAGCUUUCAUUGUUUCUUAAGCUUCCACCUUCAAUUCUGCCCCAGGAUCUCUACAAGCGGCUCCAUUCCCAUGGAUGGCAUAACUCGGAAACUGCGCUAACAGAAGCUCACAAGCUGCUUAGGAGUAUUGUUCUUCUUUUACUUGGAAAUGAUGUUCUGUCCACUCCGAAGGCCACUUCUGAUACACGCUUUGUGGACAAUGGAGAGAACCUUCUCCAGAAGUGGCAGGUACUUGCUGAUCUGCUGAGUUGCUCCCAGGAUCUGAUCAGCACCCUGAGCCGUCUUGGCAGUGUUUCAGAGGCAAAGUCUUUUUGCUUGGAGGGACUAAGAUUAGCUAAAAGUCUUCAUAGCAUGCGGCACUGUGCAGACUUUUUGGUGAGAAAAGCUGAGCUAGAGGGUUUACGUGCCGAGACUCAGCAAUGUGAGGAUGAUUUGCAAUAUGUGGUUUUCCUUAUGGAGUCUUGUACAGAUUUUUCAGCAAAAUCUCAACAAAAAGAAGUGAAAAUAAAACUUUCUAAAGGGAAGCAGUCAAAUAAAAAAGGGAAGGUGCCUGCAUUUACACCUAGCCCUCCAAAGGAUGACUUCCUGAAGGGUGUUCAGUUUAAUUUUGUGGAUACCAGAGACUUGCCAAAGCAUCCAGAAUCGCCUACGACUGCACUGUCCUCUAUGAAGAGCCCUCCUCAGUUUGUGUCACAUACAAUAGACUGCACAUGUCCCUUAUGCUCUGACCUUGUCCUCUCUCUGCUAUGCACAAGGUGGCAGGUUGCUCAAGCAGAGAAUGACCCCCAGAGCCGAGCCUUGUUACGAUCAGCUCUGAAGCGUUGUCAGUCCAUAAACCUUCGAUUCUCUAAAAUUUUGAAUGGGCUUCUCUGUGCAAAUGAUGGAGACCUUGGAAUUGCUGAUGAGCUCACCGCUCGAGUGUACCAGGAUAUAGUAUCUUUGAGUCCUCCUCCCAGCCUUCCUGAGGGGACGUUAGAAGAUGGCUUACGCUUUGUUUCUUCCCGUCCAACUACUUUUCCCAAGCACUGGAUGGCGAGUCUUUUAGUAGUCAAAGCAAUGGACUCCUUUUACAAGCUGGCGACAAAACAUGGUGGAUGCAUUGCAGAUCUCUUCAUGCAAGUAUGGGGCUGGAGACAACAGCAAGAAGGAAAAAAAGCUGUCAGUCUGAAGAGUAAUGUCAACAGUUUUAAUGCACCCAUCAAUAAAAGGAAAGGAUCUCAGAGGUCUUCGGCAGAUCUCAGUGAUAUAUUUUCUCCGGAGGAACCGGAUUCCUCAUUUCAGUCUGCGCUUUCCAAGGCUCAAACUCCUCUGCGUAAGGAGCAUCUGACCUCACAACCCAAGCCUGCUCUAUCAACCGUUACCAAAAAGAGUUCUGUCACCGUCUAUAAUGAAGAGUUUCCCCAGCCAGAACUAGAACCAAGAGCUCCAAGAAGACGCAAGACGAGAACAGUGAUCAAGGUUGAUUUCAGCGACAGUGACUUGGAAAUGCCAGAUGACACUGAUAAUGACCCAACUUGGAACAGUAAAAGGCCAGUGGAGCGUGCAAAACCUGGCACUCGAGCAAGAGGGAGCACAAAGAUUGGUGUGGUGCCAACUGCUUCAGACUCUGAUGAUGAAGUGAUCACAAAGAGUCGGGCCAGGACAGGAAGAGGAAGCACAAAAAAAGCCCCAAAAGAGAGCAGCUCUCCUGCCACGCAAAGGCGCCGUCCACAAGGGAAAACAGAUAUUCCUUCUGUGGACGUUUUGAGAUCGAUAGAGGAAGAACCUGAGUUGUUAGAUCUUAGUAUUGAUGAACUGCGGGCAUCUGAUACAGAGGAGCCAAAACCACCAAGAGGUUACAAGGGACAAAAAUACUCCAAAAAGGAGAAGGUAGCAGAGUGUGAAAUUCUUAGAAGAGAUAUUGGAGCUGAUCGGCAGAGCUGGACUCCAGGAACAAGACAACGGGAAACGGAUACAAACAUUUUCAGCUUUUCUGGACUUUCUUCUUCUCUACCAGAUACAUUCAGUACCUCUGAUCUGGAGUCAGUAUCUUCUCUUCUCCAGGAGGCUUUGGAGUCUGUAGCCCACUUUCCUCCCUGUGACUUAUAUUCUAGGAUAUGCCGACUUCUUGCUCUUUGCUCCGGAGGACAAGACCCUUAUAUGACUGCACUUCUAGUUGGGGAAUCUGUUGCUAUCACUUUAAGACAUCAGUUACUCAGUGACAUUCAUCGGAAGCUAAGGAAACUAAAGAAAGAGGGCUUAGAUGAUCUGACCGACAAGUUACAGUGCAUGUCUCUCGAUGAUCACAAAGACCCCAGGGUUCAGUAUCUCUUACAGCUUGAGACCCUUUUCCAGUUCCCAAAACAGUCCCUACAAGCAGAUACGUUCAAGGAGCAGAUCCAACAGAUCCCAGCAAACACGGCGGUGUGCAUCCUGACUCUAGCGGACUCCCAGACCAGGAAUCCUGGAGAUACGUUGCUACUUUGUAGGGUUGAACGGGGAAAUACUCCGGUUACUGUACAAAUACCUACAGCACAUCUGAAGAUGCCUCUAAGCUCAGCGCUACUAGAGUUUGAUGAAAUUCAGAAAGAACAGAAAACGGUCAACAAUCUAACUGAUAAAAAGGAAUGGUGGGAAGGACGCACCACUCUGGACAGCCGCAUGAAGGCAUUAAUACAGUCAUUAGAGGAGCAGGUGCUGGGAUGUUGGCGGAGUCUACUGUCUCCACCAUGUUCACUGUCCGUAUUAGAAGAAGAAGCUAAAGGACUCUCUACGGCCCUCUCACUCUGUGGCUGGAGGAGAAAAGAAACUGCACUUCUGAAGGUCAUUUUAGGAGCCUGCCACCAUUUACGCCCACAGCACAUCCGAUCUUUGGUCCAAGGAUUUUGUACCUCAAAGUUUGAACAGGCUGAGGAACUUUUUCAAAAAGCUGUGGAUAGGCUGAAACUGAAAAUGGAACAUACUGAAGGGCAUCUGGUUCUCAUAUUGGAUAAGCACCUUCAGAAGCUGCCUUGGGAAAGUAUGCCAUGUCUGCUCACCAGAUCAGUGACUCGUCUUCCAUCCCUGCAUUUUCUGCUUAACUAUGGACUUCUGAAAAAGCACCAGCCUCAGAGUGUCCUUGUUCAUGGGGUUGAUCCGAAGAAAACCUUUUAUGUCCUUAAUCCUCACUCCAACCUACCUGGCACAGAGGAGCGUUUCAGAGAUUGGUUCAAAAAUGAACCAGGAUGGAAAGGAGUGAUUAGAUCUGCUCCAAAAUCUGAUGAGGUCCAGUCUGCCCUGACAAAACAGGACCUGUAUAUUUACGUGGGGCAUGGCGCAGGCGCACACUUCCUGGAUGCUCCGACUCUGCAGCGACUAGACUGUAAUGCAGUAGUGCUGCUGUUUGGAUGUAGCAGUGCUGCCUUGGCAGUUCGAGGAAACCUGGAAGGAGCUGGGAUAGUCUUGAAAUACUUAAUGGCCGGGUGCCCCCUAGUGGUCGGGAACUUGUGGGACGUCACAGACCGAGAAAUUGACCGGUACACGGUGGCUUUCCUGCAAGGAUGGUUGAAGGCAGGACCCGGCGCAUCACUUCUGAAAUACUUAUCGGAGUCUCGCCAGGCUCCCAAGCUGAAGUACAUCAUUGGCGCAGCUCCUGUAGCUUAUGGUUUACCUGUGGCCCUGCAAUGACAUAGUCCCAGUCCUAUUUAACAUUAAAUGUAUUGUAUAGAAAUCUAUUUAUAGUGCCGAAAAAGGCCUCUUUCACGCGGUCAGCGUUUGGUCAGUAUUUUUAUCCGUAUUUGCAAGCCAAAAUGAGAACUUACAUAGAAGAGACACACCUUUCCAUUACACUUUCUCUGUACUUUCCACUCCUGGUUUUGGCUUACAAAUACUGACCAAGUAAAACACGGACCAGAUACUGACAGGCGUGAAGGCGGCCAAAAUGUAAACAAUGUAAAUGCUAUUUUAAUGUCUAGUAAAAUUUAAUUUCCUAUGUUUAAAGGGUUUUUCUGAGAUUUUGAUACCGAUAACCUAUCCUGAGGAUCGGACAUCGGUAUCAAAAUCCCAGAAAACCCCUUUAAACUGUUUGUAUGUAGGGAGGAGGAGUCAAAGUCAUUAAAUGCAAUACAGUUCUUACCUGCUGGCUAAUAUUUUAGCGCCAAGGGUCUGGCUCAGCAUAUAAACUACCAAACAGGGUCACGUGCGCCACUGCUGCCGGUCACUGGCCUUACUGCUGGGUCAUAUGCCGCUUGGGGAAAUGUCACCACUGAGCACACCUGACCCCAUUGGGAAGCUUACAUGCAGGGGACCAGACCCUCUGGAUCAGAGCAGUGUAAAGCAAGGGGGUGUCUCCCUUUUUCUUUACUGGAAACAGAUUAAGUUCUGAUAUUUAUGAGUACACUAUUUCUGCACAGGCUCACUGGGGCUGUUUUAUAUAUUGAAGUAUAUAUUUAUACCUGACUACAUUUUAGAGAUGAAAGUUUAAGAAAAUGUUUCUAAUGUGCAAAUGUGUU